CUCCAUUUCCGCCUAUCUUCCUCUUCCUCUUCCUCUUCCUCCCAUUAUUAAAAAUUUUCAACUACAGCAACACACUCUCCACUACUUUAAUCACUGCACAAUUAUUCUUGAACGACAGCAACAGAGACAGAGGAGGGAUUUCCGGCUACAUUGAGGAAAAUAAAAGGGAAGGCAAUUCCAGACACCUUGAGCUAUAUUGGCUUUUCCAAUAUUGAAGAAAACAAAAUAAAAGAAGAAAGGAUGAGGGAGAAAUCUGCAUGGUUUCUGGGGGCAAACCCCAUAGUUCAUUCAUGGUUCAAGAUUUUGAUGAUGUGUGUGUUUCUUGGAAUCUUGAUUGUGUGGGGGAUUGAUGGUUUGAGCAUGAGCCCAUUCCAGAAUGAUUUUGUUGUGGUGAAGCUCGACACUGCCGCAGAAGCUACAAUACCCUUUAAAGAUUUCAGCUUUAGGAAUCGUUCCAUUAAGUUUCAGCCCAAAUUGGAAUAUCAUGACCAGAUUGAUUUGAACCUCACCAACCAGAUUUUGGCAGAAACUCAUCCAAGUGUUGAUCAGAUUACCCCUCAGCCUCUUGAUUUGGUUGGAAAUCGAACUCUCAAUGUGUCGAUUUCGAUUACGUUUUCGAAUUCGAGCCCUAAUGUUUCAGCUGAUUCUAGCAAGAGUUGGACAGGGAUGAACACUUCUUCAAGCCCUAGGGUUUUGUCUUGGAUUUCGGCUGAGCUGGAGGCGAAUUACUCGUCUCAUCUCAUUGCAAACUGGCUGGAACCGGGCGGUGAGGCGUGUAAGGAUUCCAAAACUGUGGAUGUUAAGGUUGCUGGAUUGGAUGGAAAUGAGAAUGUGGAGUUGGUGGCUGGUGAAAUCCAUGAGUUUGUGUUCCAAGCUGUUGAUGAGGCAGGGGAGCCUCGUUGUUUGGGUGGAGAUUACUUUGAGACCGAUCUUUCGGGUGAGAAGUGGAAGUCUAGGCCUCCGGUGAAGGACAUGGGCAACGGGACAUACUCGUUUUCGCUCCAAGUCCAUCCUGAUUUUGCUGGUGACUACAAUCUGACCAUCAUUUUGUUGUAUAGGCACUACGAGGGUCUCAAGUUUUCGCCUUCCAAGUUUGUGCUGGACAAGGUUGUUCGCUUGGUUCCAAUCACGUUCGUUAGGUCUGCGUUGCAUUUGCCCAAGAUCAGGCAAUGCAGGUGGAGUGACUACACGAGGGAUGUCUGGUCCGGUCGUUGGACAAGGCAUGCUAAGAACGAAAACUGUGCGAUUAGCUAUGAUGGUAGGUAUAGGUGCCAAAGCCCGAGCUUCCCCUGCCAGCAGCCGUGGUGUAGUGGUCCAUUAGGCGUGCUGGAGAGCAACGGGUGGGUGUACUCGGCCCAAUGCUCGUUCAAGCUCUACAGGAGCCGGGAGGCGUGGAAGUGCUUGAACGGCCGCUGGAUCUUCUGGUGGGGGGACUCGAACCACUGCGACACCAUCCGUAACAUCCUGCAUUUUAUCUUGGAUGUGACCGACGUUCCCACCGUUCCAAGGCUGUUCGACAUGAACAUCACAAAUCCGAGAAACGCGUCUCAAAUGGUGCGGUUCACGAGCAUAUUCAACGGCCAUUGGAACCACACUGGGAACUACCAAGGUUUGAACUCGUUGAUCAACGAGGACUACCGGGAGACGUUGAAGGGAUACUUCUCUCAAAGUGUCGUCCCCGACACCGUGAUCAUGAACUCGGGUUUGCACGACGGGAUAUACUGGUCCACCAUCCGGAACUUCAUCAAGGGCGCGAACUACGCUGCCAAGUUUUGGAAGGAGGUGAUGGAGGGGGUGAGGCAGAGGGGGCUGCAGCCCCCGGAGGUCAUAUAUCGGACCACCGUAGCCACAGGAGGCUAUGCUAGGUCGAUGGCGUUUAACCCUCACAAGAUGGAGGUGUUCAAUGGGGUGGUGGUGGACAAGCUGAGGCAUUAUGGCUUGCUCGAUCGGGUCAUCGACGAUUUUGACAUGACAUACCCGUGGCACUUUGACAAUAGGUGCAACGACGGGGUGCACUAUGGGCGCGCCCCGUUGAAGGCCAGGUGGCGCGAUGGACAGGUCGGCCACCAGUACUUCGUGGACCUCAUGCUCGGGCACGUGGUGAUCAACGCACUCUGCGUAAGGCCCGAGCAUUCAUCCGUGUGAGGGUGAGGGCAGGGGGCACAAUGUUGUGAGCCAUUAAUCAAGAUUGCAAGCUGGAAAGAUUAGAUUUUUGUGACAGGAAAAAUGAAGGUAUAUUAGGUAAAAUAUGGGUAUAUAAUUCUUUUAGCAGAUUGAUAUAUGUACUAAUUCUUUUUUGUAUGCUGUGAUAAAACUGGUUGAGAUCCCACUGUAAAGUUGAUGGAUAUAUGUCCCAUUGAUUAAAUUCAUAGAGAUAUUUUCUCCGUAA